UGUUGUGGCACUGAAUCAGUGCUUAUACUAUUCAAAUAAAGUCUUGCAUGUGCUCUGUAGGUUUCCGGGUCGUUAGAUUUGUCGAUCGUGCUAGGAUUUACAAGGUCGUUUCACCGCCUUCAGAUGUUUUGACGACGGUGCUUGGGACCAUGGCCGUUUCUACUCCUCUAUGACUCGACCUUCUCCGGGUUCACCUUCUCCUCUUUCCUUCUCGUUCAGAUCACUUUGAUUCAACGGGACCGAAAGAUUCUUCGUACGAAGCCUCCUAUAUUGAUGCAUGACUAGAGUUUUGAUUCUACUAGGAUUCCAAUUUCAAAUCCCUCAAGAAUGGGAAUGUGAUGAUUAAAAAGAGAGAUAAAUGUCGAUUGAAGAAUGAGUGAGAGAGAGUGAAACCGCAAUGACUUAGACGGUUUUGGGAAGUUAUAGAGAAGAAGAUCUUAAUUUUAUGGGUCGGAUCUGGAUGGUCCGCAAAUAAAAUAACCCUUGGUAGGAUCGUAGUUAUACAAAUUUUCCUUGGUUUCGUGGUAUUUUACAAAUUUUCUUCAUUUAAAUAAAGUUUUAUUAAAUUAAUAAAAAAGGGAAAAAUAUCACAGAAUUUUUUUUUUCAGUUAAUAGUAUUGGAGCAUUUGACUGGUCUCUUUCUCGGUUAUUUGGGAUAAAAAAAAUUGGAACUGUUUUAUAAUAUUUCUAAAUCCACGUAGUAUUUAUAAAUUCAAGUAAAAUAUACAGAUUUUUAAACUUUUUCGGAUUAGUAUUUACAAAUCCGGAAGUUUUUCCUCGGAGUUGAAUCAUUGUAUAUUUAACAAAAAAAAAUUCAAACAAAUCUAUUCAAAUCUAUUAUAAAAUCAAAUUUAUUAGUAAAUAUGUACGAUUGAAUAACACUUGAUAUAGAUCAAUUUACGAAUCAUUAAACCAAUAACGCCGCUUAUACAAUUGAAAAGAAUAAAAAGGCUUGGAAGAGAAUAAAAAGGCCCAUAUUUAAAAGCCCAUAAAGAAACGUCUACUCAUACGAUUAACACAACACUGUCUCUUCCGUUGACUGGUAGAAGACGAUGGUUGAUGGUUUUAACUUUUGGCUAUGGCGGUUCCAGUGUCCUAGUAUACUAAUCGCUCACUGUCCUUUUCUUCUCCGCAUUGCUUCCAUGUCUCUUCCGAUCUCACUGCCAACCUUGGGAUCGAAGAUAUCACUUUGAGAAUGGGGUCAGAGGGAAACAUGAAGAACUCGGUUGUGACACAAGUAAGCAUUGGUGGGUUUGGGGAGUCAACUACUGCAAAAGAGCUUACAGAUUACCUUGAAGAAGAAGUAGGACUCGUUUGGCGAUGCAGAUUAAAAACUUCUUGGACUCCUCCUGGUUCUUAUCCUGAUUUCGAGAUCACUGACACUUCAAACAUCCCCACAUUUGAUGGUUACAAGAGAGUGGAGCCUCAUGCGUUUGUCCAUUUCGCGGUCCCUGAGUCAGCAGGUCGUGCAAUGGAUGCUGCGGGGCAGUCCAAGCUCAUCCUCGACGGCCAGCCUUUGAAAGUCAGCUUGGGGCCUAAGAACCCGUACACACUUAACCAGAGAAGAAGAACGACAACACCUUAUAAGCUGACUGGUGUUUCGAUUGAGAUUGGGACCUUGAUUGCCCGGGAUGAGUUUCUUGUUUCUUGGAGAGCUGAAGGGGUUGAUUUCCUCGUAGACCCUUUUGACAACACCUGCAGAUUUUGCUUCACAAAGAGCACUGCCUUCUCGUUGAAGGACACAAUGAUGUAUGCUGUGAUCAACUGUGAUUAUAAGUUGGAGUUAUUGGUGAGAGACAUACGAACAGUAAGGCAGUAUAGAACUCUGGAUGGCUAUGUGCUACUCUUGCAGCUGGCUUCAUCACCCCGUGUCUGGUACAGAACUGCUGAUGAUGAUAUAUAUGAAACUGUCCCUGUCGAUCUCUUGGAUGAUGAUGACCCUUGGAUCCGUACCACUGAUUUUACCCAAGCUGGGGCCAUUGGGCGGUGCCUUUCAUAUCGAGUGCUCAUCUCUCCUCGGUAUGAGAAGAAAAUGAAUACAGCAUUGGACUAUCUAAGGGCGCGGAGAGUGCAAGAGGAACGUGUGAGGUGGCCUCCCAGGAUUCGUGAUGAGCCCUGUUUUGGGGAGCCUAUUACAGAUCAUUUCUUCUGCAUUCACCACAGGGAAGGAAUCUCCUUUGAGAUCAUGUUCCUGGUAAAUGCGGUGCUGCACAGAGGGGUUUUUAACCAGUUUCACUUGACUGAGCGCUUCUUUGAUCUUCUUAGAAACCAACCCAAGGAUGUCAACAUUGCUUCUCUCAAGCAUCUCUGUACCUAUAAACGACCUGUUUUUGAUGCGUACAAGAGGCUGAAGCUUGUUCAGGAAUGGAUUCAGAAAAAUCCAAAGCUUUUAGGGAGUCACGUACAGUUGGAUGAUAUCUCUGAGAUCAGAAGGCUAGCGAUCACUCCAACCAGAGCGUAUUGCCUACCCCCAGAAGUUGAGCUCUCCAACAGGGUACUCAGGAAAUACAAAGCAUUGUCUGAUAGAUUUUUGCGCGUAACUUUCAUGGACGAAAGCAUGCAGACCAUGAACUCAAAUGUUCUUUCUUACUUUGUUGCUCCGAUUGUGAAGGACCUUACAUCAAGCUCUUUCUCUCAGAAGACCCACGUUUUCAAAAGAGUGAAGACCAUAUUAACCGAUGGGUUUAAACUAUGUGGUAGAAGAUACAGUUUUCUAGCAUUCUCGGCCAAUCAGCUCAGAGACCGCUCUGCAUGGUUUUUCGCUGAAGACGGGAAAACAAGAGUGUCGGAUAUAAAGACAUGGAUGGGGAAGUUCAAAGACAAGAAUGUGGCAAAAUGCGCUGCUAGGAUGGGCCUGUGCUUCUCCUCCACAUACGCCACUGUGGAUGUCAUGCCUCACGAGGUUGACACCGAGCUUCCAGAAAUAGAGAGAAAUGGGUAUACUUUCUCUGAUGGAAUUGGUACAAUCACACCUGAUCUCGCGUUAGAAAUAAUGGAGAAACUUAAGUUGGAUUCGCACUGCAGCCCUUGUGCUUACCAGAUACGUUACGCCGGUUUCAAAGGAGUUGUUGCUCGUUGGCCAUCAAAAGAUGAUGGAAUCCGGUUAGCCCUUCGACACAGUAUGGAUAAGUUCCACUCUAAGCAUACAAUCCUGGAGAUCUGUUCAUGGACCAGGUUUCAACCUGGGUUCUUAAACCGGCAGAUAAUUACCCUCUUAUCUGUGCUUGGUGUUCCAGACGAAAUAUUCUGGGAUAUGCAGGAAACUAUGCUCUGUAAACUGAACCGCAUCCUUGAUGACACAGAUGUCGCAUUUGAAGUUCUUACAGCAUCAUGUGCUGAACAGGGAAACACUGCAGCUAUCAUGCUAAGUGCAGGUUUCAAACCAAAAACUGAGCCACAUCUACGGGGAAUGCUGUCUUCAGUCAGGAUUGCACAGCUCUGGGGUCUCAGAGAAAAAUCUCGUAUUUUUGUUACGUCAGGAAGGUGGCUAAUGGGUUGCUUAGACGAAGCAGGGGUACUUGAACAGGGCCAAUGCUUUAUCCAAGUCUCGAAACCGUCUAUAGAAAAUUGUUUCUCCAAACAUGGGUCUCGUUUUAAGGAGACGAAGACAGAUCUGCAAGUAGUGAAAGGUUAUGUAGCCAUUGCUAAGAAUCCUUGUCUUCACCCAGGGGAUAUAAGGAUUCUAGAAGCUGUUGAUGUACCCGAGCUGCAUCACAUGUAUGACUGCCUACUUUUUCCUCAGAAAGGCGAGAGGCCACAUACAAACGAAGCUUCUGGCAGUGACCUUGAUGGCGACCUGUACUUUGUGGCUUGGGAUCAGAGACUCAUCCCUCCCAGCAGAACAAGCUUUCCCGCGAUGCAAUAUACUGCAGCUGAAGAAUCGAGUAAGGGCCGUCCUGUCAACCACCAGGACAUAAUAGAGUUCUUUGUCAAAAACAUGGCGAAUGAGAAUCUGGGUACAAUAUGCCAUGCACACGUCGUUCAUGCUGAUAGGAGUGAGUAUGGAGCCAGGGACGAAGAAUGUUUGCUACUGGCGGAACUAGCUGCAACAGCAGUCGAUUUCCCAAAGACAGGGAAGCUGGUGACAAUGCCUUUCCACCUGAAACCGAAACUCUACCCUGAUUUCAUGGGAAAAGAAGAGUACCAGACUUACAGGUCGGAGAAGAUCUUGGGUCGGCUUUACAGACGUGUAAAAGAGGUUUACGACGAAGAUGCAGAAGCUUCCUCAGAAGAAAACUCAGACCCGAGUGACAUCCCUUAUGACACUGAUCUCGAAGUACCAGGAUUUGAAGAUUUUGUCCCUGAGGCAUGGGGUCACAAAUGUAGCUAUGACGGGCAGCUAAUUGGUCUUCUCGGGCAAUACAAGGUGCAAAAAGAGGAAGAGAUUGUGACGGGUCACAUCUGGUCCAUGCCUAAAUACACAAGUAGCAAACAAGGCGAGCUGAAAGAAAGACUGAAGCAUUCUUAUAACUCCCUGAAGAAAGAGCUGAGGAAAGUAUUCGAGGAAACAAAACCGGAGCACGAGAGUCUCAGCGAAGAAGAAAAGAACGUCAUGUAUGAGAAAAAAGCUUCAGCUUGGUAUCAUGUCACUUACCAUCCCGAGUGGGUGAAGAAGUCUACAGAGCUGCAAGAACCUGGUGAGUCGUCUGGUCAUGCGGUGAUGCUGAGCUUUGCUUGGAUCGCAGCUGAUUAUCUUGCGAGAAUUAAAGUCCGGUCAGGGGAAAUGGGAAUGAAAAUGGACUCGGCCAAACCUGUUGAUGCUUUGGCUAAGUAUCUUUCUCAACGUCUCUAAAAAGUUAACGUUCGGAGCCGUAAGGCCACUCUGCCAUGUAUCUGCAGAAAACAGAUACACUUCAAUGUUUGUUAAAUAGCUAGUAUUGGAUGUGCUUUGUUUUGUGCUCUUGUGAAAACUGUCUCUCUAUGUGAUGGCAGAAACAAACUGCUUGCCGUUUACCAUCUAAACUGGCUUUGCUUGUGGUUAUGUAUUUUACUGAUUUUAUGUUGUGGACCGAAAUUGGCUUCGGGUUUGGUUAAACAAUAUGCUCUUUUCAGCUUCA